CACUCUCCCCCCCUGCACUACACACCUGAGAGAACACCGGAGGCCAAACCAACAUGCUCGCGGCCGCAUCCUCUUGCCACUCGGUGCUCCCUACCAUGCGGCGCAUGAUGUCCGCACCUGGCGUUUGGCCAGUAUCGCAGGCCUCGCGUGCGGCCCUGCGCAAGUCGAGGACGUUUGCGACCAUCUCCGAGGACGCCUUCCGCAUCCCCAUCAUCGACUUCAGCAAGUAUCGCGACGCGGCCACGGCGGCGGAGAAGGAGCGGACCGCGGAGGAGGUCGUGCGCGGGUUCACGGACGUCGGGUUUGUAUACCUCAGCAACCACGGCAUCCCCCAAGAGACCGUCCAGCAGGCGUUCCAGAAGAGCGCGGAGUUCUUCAAGCUGCCCAUCGAGAAGAAGAGCGAGCUCGCGUGGCGCGACCCCCGUGCGAACCGCGGGUUCGUCCAGGUCGGGCGGGAGCGCGUGACGCAGUCCGCGGACGCGGACGAGAUCAAGCAGCUGCGCGAGAAGGCGCCGGACUACAAGGAGUCGAUGGAGAUCGGGCGGGACUGGGACACGACGUACAAGAACUACUGGCCGCGGGAGGAGGACGCGCCGGGGUUCAGGCGGGCGAUGCUCGGCUUCUUCCAGACUUGUCAUGAGCUGCACGUGUCGGUGAUGCGCGCGAUCGCGGUCGGGCUGCGCCUGGACGAGGCGUUCUUCGACGACAAGAUUAACGAGCAGUAUCACAACUUGCGGCUGCUGUCGUACCCCCCUAUCAAGACGCAGCUCCUGCACGGGGAGGGCCAGGCGCGGGCGGGCGCGCACUCGGACUAUGGCACCUUGACGCUCCUGUUCCAGGACUCGGUUGGCGGUCUUGAAGUGCAGAAUCCACAUACUGGACAGUUCCAGCCCGCUACUCCUAUCCCCGGGACCAUUGUGAUCAACGCGGGAGACUUGCUGGCGCGUUGGAGCAACGACGUGCUGCGGUCGACGCUGCACCGGGUGGUCGCGCCUCCUGCGAAGGCGAUCAGCGACACGGAGGGUAUCACGCCCGCUCGGCAGUCGAUCGCGUUCUUCUGCAAUCCCAACCAGGGUGCGGAGAUCUCGUGUCUGCCCACUUGUCUGACGGGGAACGGACAGGCAAAGUACCCGCCUGUGACGACUGAGGAGUAUAUCGUGGGCAGGCUGAAGGCGACGUAUGUGUAGGGAAGCGUCUGUCUGCGCGGCGUGUAGAUCUUGUAUCUCGGGAUUUCCGAUUUGUUUAAAUAUCAGCUGCCUUGGCAUU